AUCUCAAGCUCCGCCAUGUUUUGAGAUUUUGGGGAGAGGUGUGUUGUUUGGAUUGCUAGCAACAUUUUACAUAAACUCUUAUCUGCAAAAUGCACACCUCUCAACGACUUUAAUUUAUUUGUAUACAUGUUAUCGCCCUUGAAGGCUAUUAGGUCGCAGUACAUAAUCAAAUGAUAACGGACCUCCAGCUCUCUUGUGGUUAGCAAUCUUUUGAAGAAGAUUAACAGGGGCUUGCUGCCUCCUACACAGAUUCGUUCGUCUCCUUCUUUCGGAAUGUUCUCAAAAAAGCCUCAUGGGGACGUCAAAAAAUCAACACCGAAAGUGUUGGAUCCCAAAAAAGAUGUACUGACACGCCUAAAACACCUGCGGAUCGUUAUAGAAAAUGCAGAGUCGGGGGACCUGAAGCAUUUCUUUGACCAGUACUACUCUCACAUCUACUAUGUGUUCUUUGAGAACUUUGUUAUCAUUGAAGUCGGUCUCAAACAAAAAGGUCACAAAUCACAAAGGGAAGAACUUGACUCCAUUAUUUUCAUAUUCGAGAAAAUUCUGCAACUCCUACCAGAGCGAAUACAAGGACGAUGGCAGUUCCACAGCAUAGGCCUCAUUCUGAAGAAGUUGUUGCACACUGGGAACUCUUUAAAGAUCCGAAGGGAGGGUGUACGUCUGUUCCUGCUAUGGAUGCAGGCCUUGCAAGGCAACGCACUGAGAGAGCAGCUAUGGAUUUUUGCCUGUCUGAUCCCUGGCUUCCCAUCUCCCCAGUCAGAGCUUGGCCCUCGAACCCUGGACAACCUGGUCAACCCCCCUCUCAGCCUCCAGGAGACUCAAGUUACUCCAGAAGAGAUCAGUCCCCUGGUCCCUCCUCAGGCAGGGGAUAAAGCCCAGGAAGACCUCACAGGAUACUUUCUAGAGGCUCUUCUGAAAUACAUGGUAAACCAGGCCAAAAGUCUGGAGUGGAAGUGUAAAGACAACCACGAGAAGGGCUUUGCAUUCCUGUUUGGAAACUUCAAGAAAUAUUACCUGCCGCACAUAUUCCCCAACUUCUCCAAGGAGACCAGUUUGUACCAUCCCAUACUGGAGGUUCCUUCGAUGAGACCAAAGCCUUACUACAGUGUGGUGAAGAAAGACCCAGAGACCAACGAGGCAGUGUACUGUACCAAGGAGAGCCUCCUCAAUGCCCGCGUCAUCUUCAUCCGCUGGCUGGUGUCCUUCUGGCUGGAGCCACGCUCCAACACUGGAACACACAUCCCCGGGGUGGAUGGAGAGAGGGAGAGCGUUCCAAAGAACAUCCAGAGGGCAGCAGCAGGGCUGGCAGCGCGGGGACAUGGCCUGGGGGAGGACCUGGGCCCCAGGGCAGACAGCCUGGACAGAGCGAUUGGGUGUGAGCAGGAGCAGUCCCACUCCAACACCUCCACCCUGACGGAGAGGGAGCCCAGCUCCUCCAGCCUGUGUAGUAUGGACGAGGAGCACCUCACUGACAAGGAGGUGGUGAGACGAGUCCUCUGUUCCUCCAGGACUAACGUCAACUUCAUCACCGAGGUCUUCAGACAGGCCUUCCUGUUGCCGAUGUGUGAGGCUGCAGCCAUGAGGAAGGUGGUGCGGGUGUACCAGGAAUGGUUCGCCCAGGAGGACAAGCCUGUGUUUAUGAGGGAGCCGGAGGAAGAGAGGUUCUUUACCACGGUUGGAGGGAUCAACCUAGAGCCUGUAGCCCAGCAGGACACUGAGAAGGAGGAGGGGGUGAAUAAAGUGUCUGAGAAAGAGCUGCUGGAGUACAGUGUGCAUGCCGGUGUUCAGCCCACUCUACAGGUGUUUGUCACCAACUCUGCCAACGUUUUUCUGCUGGAGCCAGCCAACGAGCUCAAGGUGUUGCUGGAGGAACAUGUUGACAUGUGCAAGAGAGUCCUCAACAUCUACCGCAGCCUGGUCAUGCAUGAAACCAUGGACCAGAAGACAUGGGAGCAGAUCUUGCUGGUGCUGUUAAGGGUGACUGAGUGUGUGAUGAGGAGACAUCCCUCCAUCAUGCCCCAUGGCAAGAAGAACAUCACUCUCUCUGGGAGGCUGGCCGGGGCCGUCUUUCAGACCUUGAUAGUGGCCUGGAUCAAAGGGAACCUGAACGUGUACAUCUCCAGGGAGCUGUGGGACGACCUGCUGGCCGUGCUGUCCUCGCUCACCUGCUGGGAGGAGUUGGUUACAGAGUGGUCCCUCACCAUGGAGACGCUCACCAAAGUUCUGGCCCGCAACCUGUACAGUCUGGACCUCAACGAGCUGCCCCUGGACAAGCUGAGCGAACAGAAACAGAAGAAACACAAGGGAAAAGGGGGCGCUCACGAGGGCCAGAAGACGGCUGUGGGCCAUUCGUUCUCUAAGGGCUGGAGCAGGGACCAGCCUGGGAGCGGUCAAGCAGCAGCCAUGAGGCAGCGCAGUGCCACCACCGCUGGCUCCCCGGGUAUGGAGAAGGCCAGGAACAUCAUGCGCCAGAAGACUGUGGCCCUGCGUAGCUGCUCUACGGGCGACAGCUUCCUGUCCCAAGCCUUUAUCCGCAGCGCUAAAAGUGCCCCUGUCCUGAUCCAUCCUCUCCACCCUCUCCUGUCUGACUCUGUCCUCACCUCCCUAGCUGACGAGCUGGCAGAUAUGGAGGACCCCCCCAUGGUCAUGGCCUCUCGGGCACCCAGGAUCCGCCACUGCUCCCAGAGCGAGAAUACCCCGGCCUCUGAGGUGUUCUCAGCAUCCAGUGACCUGGAACCCCAGGGGCCUCCGCUCCCCCGCAGCAGCAGCGCUUCUGACAUCAUGGAGCCCUUCAUCGCUGAGAGGGUCAAAGGCAACAAAGAGGACCCUUGUCAGACGAUGCGUCCUGUGUCCAGUGACAACGGCAACCAAAACUUUGGAGACCUGAUGGACGAAUUUAUCCAAGAGCGUCUGCGAGCGAGAGGCACCUCGGGCAUGACGAGGCGUGGCAGUAGCCCCUGUAGUCUGGAGAUCCCCAAAGACCUGCCGGAGCUCCUGGGCCGUCAGAACGUCUCACAACCCGUGGACGACCCCGGUGUGCCCUCUGAGUGGACCUCCCCCGCCAGCAGCAGCGACGUCAUCAGCUCCGACAGCCAGUCAGACUCCUUCAACGCCUUCCAGUACGCCAACUGCAAGUUGGAAAAUUUCAGCUUUGGUCCAGAUGGCUGUGGUGCUGGGUCUUUGGACCAGGAUAACGCUAGCCUUGGAGGGCUGCCCCAGACUGCAGAGGAACAGGAGCUGUCCAGCCUCACCACCCUGCACAUAGAUUCAGAGACCAGCAGUCUGAGCCAACACGGCCUGUCUGCAGACGCCAUCACCAUCACAGGUUCAGAGAGUGCGUCCCCGAUGCAUUCCCUGGGUGGUUCCUGCUCACAGAGCCCGUCUCCAGCCACCCUGACCGCUGAACACAUAGGGCUGCAGCACGAGGACCUGCAGCUGGAUGAGAAACUACAUCACUCUGUACUACACACUCCUGAUGACCUGGAAACCAGUGAGUUUCCUACAGAGGACUGCAGUGUGAUGGCCGGUGGCUCCCUGACCGGUUGGCACGCUGACGUUGCCACGGUGAUGUGGCGGAGGAUGCUAGGCAUUCUGGGUGAUGUGAACACCAUUAAGGACCCAGAGAUCCACGCGCAGGUCUUUGACUAUCUCUGUGAGCUGUGGCAGAACCUGGCCAAGAUCAGAGAUAAUCUGGGCAUCUCUCUGGACAACCAGUCAUCUCCUCCUCCCCCGGUCCUCAUCCCUCCCCUCCGGAUCCUCACCCCCUGGCUCUUCAAAGCGACCAUGCUGACAGAGAGGUACAAACAGGGGAAGCUACACGCCUACAAGCUCAUCUGUAAGAUCAUGAAGAGGAGGCAGGACGUUUCGCCCAACUCAGACUUCCUCACACACUUCUACAACAUCAUGCACUGUGGCCUUAUGCACGUCGACCAGGACAUAGUGAACACCAUCAUUAAGCACUGUUCUCCUCGGUUCUUCUCCAUCGGGCUGCCUGGAGCCACCAUGCUUAUCCUGGAUUUCAUCAUCGCAGCCAGCAGAGUCACAGCCUGCUCCUCCCUCAAUGCCCCACGGGUGGAGGCUCAGAUCCUGCUGGGUUCUCUGGUGUGUUUCCCUAACCUAUACGAGGAGCUGCCUGCCCUACACCCCACCACUGCUGACGUGGUCAUGACCAAGUUCAGAGACGUUAAGGAACACAUCAUCAAACACAUCCUGAGUUCAGCCAUAGAUGAGCCUUCAGCCCCAGCCAGGUGUGUUGCCCUGUGCAGUCUGGGUAUCUGGCUGUGUGAGGAGUUGGUCCACGCCACCCAGCAUCCUCAGAUCAAAGAAGCCCUCAAUGUCAUCUGUGUCACUCUAAAGUUUCCAAAUAAAACUGUCGCGCUGGUGGCCUCCGACAUUCUGCACUUGCUCAUAAACUAUGUCGAUGACCUUCAGAAAUUCCCCCUCGACACUCCAAAGAAAAUAGUUGAGAUCCUCAUAGCGACUAUCACUCACCUGCUUCCCACUACAGAAUCCUCGCCUCAUGAACUGGACAAGAGGUUGGUGGUGUCUCUGCUGUUGUGCCUGCUGGACUGGGUGAUGGCUCUGCCUCCUAAAACUUUGCUGCAGCCUGUCCAAACCCUCAGCCCUGACAAGGAGAAGCCAGACAAGUCUGUCCUCAGCUGUAUCUACAAGGUGCUGCAUGGCUGUGUGUAUGGGGCCCAGAACUUCAACAGCCCUAGGUAUUUCCCUAUGAACCUGUCAGACCUGACCAGUCCAGACUACGACCCCUUCCUGCUACUGGAGAGUCUGAAGGAACCAGAGCCCCUCCACUCCCCUGACUCAGAACGCUCCUCCAAACUACAGCCUGUCACUGAGGUGCGGAGCCGUAUCCAGCACGGUCUGAUCUCCAUCGCUGCCAGGACAGUCAUCACCCACCUGGUCAACCACCUUGGGCACUACCCCAUGUCUGGAGGCCCUGCUACCCUGACCAGCCAGGUGUGUGAGAACAUGGACAACCCCUACAGCGAUAGCCCUGACCUGGCCCCAGAGCUCUUUGAUGGGCCCAACCUACAGUUCUUUGUCCUGAAUGGCACCACCCUCCUAUCCUGUCUGCAGGUCCGUGCUGAGGACGGUGUGCCUGGUGGAGGAAUGUCUGCAGGCCUCACCACCACCAGUGCCUGUGUGAGGGUUAUCGUCCGAGACAUCUCCGGAAAACACUCGUGGGAUUCGGCUGUGCUGUACGGGCCACCUCACUGUGGUGUUCCCAAUCAGCCCCUGCACCUCUACAGUAACACACCAACAGAGAGAAUGACUACAGAGAGGGAGAAGGAGAAGAACUGGGUUGGAGACCCUAUAGAGAAGGAAGAAGAGGAGAGGGAAGAGGAGGAGGAGGUGGUGGUGUUGGUGCUGGGAGAGGAGGAGCAGGGGGAGGCUGUGGAGGAGGAAGGAGAGGAAGAAGAGGAGGAAGUGGAAGGUGUGUUGGAGCUCAUGGCCCCGCAAGCUAAGCGUGUGUGUCGCGAGGCGGUCCCGUCCUGGAACUCCUUGCGAGAAGAUGAUGUUCUAGAUGAGAUACUGCAGUACCUGGGUUACUCCAGCCCCGAGUGCCUUCAGCGUGCCGGAGGCCCCCUUAACAUCCCCGCCCCACCCCCUGUCUGCGUGUCGGAGAAGCAGGAGAACGACGUGAUCAACGCCAUCCUGAAGCAGUGUGCAGAGGAGAGGGACUUUGCGGUGCACAGAGGGAAUGGGCUGAACAUGAGAGCCGUGGAGCAAGGGGAGCCAGGGCCUCAGAGGCCCCAGUCAGCCUUCUACUACUGCAGGCUGCUACUCAACAUCCUGGGCAUGAACUCCUGGGAGAAGAGGAGCAACUUCCAUCUCCUGAAGAAGAACGAGAAGCUGCUUAGAGAGCUUAAGAACCUCGACUCCAGGCAGUGUCGAGAGACGCACAAAAUAGCUGUGUUUUACGUGGCAGAGGGGCAGGAGGACAAGCACUCUAUCCUGUGUAAUACCAGGGGGAGUCAGGCCUACGAGGACUUUGUCUCUGGGCUGGGCUGGGAGGUGAACUUGACCAGUCACUGUGGCUUUAUGGGAGGUCUUCAGCGGAACAAGAGCACUGGUCUGACCACGCCUUACUUUGCCACCUCCACCGUUGAGGUCAUGUUCCACGUCUCCACGCGGAUGCCCCCAGACUCAGACGACUCACUCACCAAAAAGCUAAGGCAUCUUGGGAAUGACGAGGUACACAUUGUGUGGUCUGAGCACUCGCGGGACUACAGGAGAGGCAUCAUCCCUACGGAGUUUGGAGACGUCCUCAUCAUCAUCUACCCCAUGAAGAACCACAUGUACAGCAUCCAGAUCCUCAAGAAGCCAGAGGUACCGUUUUUUGGGCCCCUGUUCGAUGGAGCCAUAGUGGAUGAGAAGAUCCUUCCCACCAUGGUCCGGGCCACGGCUCUCAACGCCAGCAGGGCUCUUAAAUCCCUCAUCCUCCUUUACCAGAACUUCUACGAGGAGAGAGCGCGUUACCUGGAGACCAUCGUACAGCACCACCUGGAGCCAACCACCUUCGAGGACUAUGCAGCAAGAGUCUUCUGCCCCGCUCCCUACCUCCACCUCCCGUCAGACCCAGAGAGCUUGAUAUUUCAGCUCCUUCCCAAAACUCCACUAGAAAACUUUGGGCUCAGCAAAGUAAAGGGCAAAGACUUGAAACGGAAGGUCUUUCACGCUAGCUGUGAAUGGCUCAUGCCUCGAGAGUCAGCAGGGAGAAAGUCCAGCAGCAGCGCUUCUAGACGGGGCCGACCAGUUAGCCUUGCCAAUGUCCCCUCGUACUAGCAAGAGCCGUAUGUCCAUGAAGCUCCGACGCUCCUCCGGCUCGGCCAACAAGACCUGAUCGGACUUUCCCUCCGCUGACCCUCCUCCACGCCACACCCAGCGAGAGUUCACAGCCUUCAGAUGAAGAGACUGACUCUCUCUCUCUGUACCGUACAGCUAGGACUGCACUACACUGCAACUACCAGCCUUUACCUGCUAACAGCGAUGCAUGGCAUGUUAUGUACUCCAACUACAUGGACAUGGACACACCUGCCCUGCAUGGUCAGACUCCGCAUCUCCCCUACUGUACAACCCUUCCAAGAUGCAGGAUUAGGCCCUUGAACAGAGCCAGGCCCUUGGGGGCCAGCCCAGGGUCCCCAGGACUGAGCUUGUGCUAGCAAAGCUCCAACAGAAUUAACAUGUCUUUUGGGAAAGGUUUUCUAACUAUGCUCACCACCACAAACUUUGCACUCCAGAGAAAUGUGGAAAGAGAGCAAAAUAUAAUAUAUUUAGAUAUAGAUAUAUUUAAGAAGCAGCAUGGGUCCCGUUGUGUACAGAAAGCGUAAAGGCAACAUGACAGAUGUGUAUUUUCAAUGUGAUUAGGAUUGUUGAUGGUUGAAAUCACUUGAUAUUUGACUGAGAUGAGGAGCUAGAGUGUUCUCUCUGCUGUGGUUGUAGCUGUUGUUGUCCCUGAGCAGAGUGAUCAAUAUCUAGUAUGCCAUUCCCCUGGCUCUCUGGGCCUCUGACCCACUAGGAAAGUGAUUGUAAGAACUUGAGUUUGUAAGAAAGUACAAAGAAACACAAAGUAAGAAACAUCUUAUUUUUCAUAUUUGGUCACUGUGUCCACCAUGAGACAUUUAUAUAUUUGUACUAUACUCUGUAUAUACAGAAGAGUUGCCACUUUCUUUAUGCUUGGACUGAAGCAAUGUUGGCUAGUGUUUGAUGAUAAGGAGAUAAACGUUUUGAGGUUGAAAUAUGUUUGUCUAUAGAGUUGUAAAGAAGGAAAUUGUUUGGUUAAAGUGAAACAUUUCUUGUUACAUUUUUUUUUGAUUUUCACACUACACUGUGGAACUGAUUGAUUUUCUGAAUAUAAUAUUCACUACUGUUUGCCUUUUUAGGGGUCACAUAACAUUUUUAUUAUGAUUGUACAUUUGGAUUUCACCUGAUAAAGAAUGUUGCAGAUUAGGUUGUUUUGUUCAUAUACAAUGUGUUGUAUUGAACCACCCCUUUUUUUCCACUCAUGAUGAAUAUAUGAUAUGUAAGGGAUGAACGCAAACGUUCUGUACGUUACCUUGGAAAUGAUGGACCGCAGGUAAAUAAUGGAUCCAAGGUAAUGUACAGAACGUCAGCGUUUAUCCCACUCAUACCACAGUUGCCAAAGAAAACAAUACUAAAGCACACAUUUACCUGUAGAAAUAAAAUGGUUUUGUUUUAUAUUUUUACAAGUUAAUUUAUACUUCCUCGUCUUGUGGUUGCCAGAUACGCGACCCAGUCGUUCGUUCGAUUAGUACUAUAUCUCGUUACGUUAGUUCGAUCACUAUGCAGGCUGGCAACGUUCUUCUCUCGUCAUGUAGCAUAGCUAGUUUAUCCCGUGAUUGCACAUGUGGGACUAUUUGACAGGCUAAGGUUUAGCUAUAUAUUUAAUGGCUUAAAAAUACAUAUUUCAUCAAUAUAUUGGCAGUGUGCAGAUAUGUUUCCUUUGAAGUUAUUGGAUUGUUUCCAACACAAGAAAAUAACUCAGAUGUGCAAGUGGUUUUUUUCUUCCAUUUUUCAAUAUAAUAAUGGCAUCAAAAAACGAAUCAAUAUGAAACGUUUUUUUAAAGAAACACCAAGACAGCCUAAAUUUAAAAAAUGUAGAUUAAAAUAAUGCAAUAAGUUAUUUUGAUGUCAGGGGUUAACCAGCUUGUUAGGUUCUUCGGAGCUAGUUGUCUUGCCAGCUACUUGUUAAAAUUUAAUUGGAUGCUGCCAUUAAUGGUGAAAUGGGACAUCUUCAAGCCGCGGGGUAAGUUAAAUGACUCACUCGCUUGGUACCAUUUCCAUCUGUUUGUAUUGUUGUUGUUACUGCUGCUUGUGGUGGGGCUUUGUGGGCUCUCUACCUCAGAUGAGAGGAGGUGAUUCCAGCGCUUCCUCUCUGUCACAGAAGGCGCCCAGUAGCUCCUCAAACUGCUCUCUCACCUGUGCCUGGUUACAUUUAUAACUUGUAUGUACACCAGACCGGCAUUUGAUAGCAGCUCCACGGCUGUGCUCCGGAGGCUGCGGGUCGUGUAGUGCAUUGACAACCCGGCCUAUUCGCUGAGACACGGUAACAGGUUGCCGAGGUAGUGUACCACCAUCGGCUCUUAGAGUAGCCUACCAAAUGUCCUUCUUUGUUCAACUUGUGGGGACCGCAGUGGGUGGCGGUAAAGGGAUGUAGCGUCUUGGGGACACUUGGAGAAGUAUGUUUUCAAACUUGCCAGUGGGCGGUUUGGGUUGCCUGGCAAAGUAAAUAUUAACCCUUUGUGGUUCUCAUUCGGCUUGUUCGCCUCUUGGUGGUUUUUCGUCUCUGCAUUGUGGAAGAGACGGAGGUGGCCGAAUCCACUCCAUCCUCGUCCGUCUUGACCUGGAAAGAGGAAGGUCUCAGUCUCGAUUUCCCUCUGGCCCCACGCUUAGCGAGAUUCAGCUGGAUAACCAGCCUUCCUCACUAGACCCGUAGCUGUGUCGGGGGAAACCGCAGGGGACUCUAGUAGCAGCUGGAGGUCAGCAGUAGAUAUGGGAAGGGGGUAGUGCUGACGACUUUCCCCGAUCUCCUAUACCUCUUCACAAGGGACUUGAAGACGUCCUUGCAUGUUUUGAAGCUGUCAUUGGUCAUGAUGCUGUGCCGCAUUACACGAUUUAUCCCGGCUACACAAAAUUAGGUACCGAAUACUCCUGUCCAUUUGUUGCGCGGAGGAUAUUGUUUAGCUCUUCUGGCCGGUAGCUGUCAAAUGUCCUUAUUCUCCUUGAGCCAAUCCCUUUCUGUUUUAACUACGCAUUCUAUUGUUUUUCUUCAUGUCGCUCCACUUCAAUUUUGGUGAGCGUCACGUCCACAACUGUCUGCUCUCUGUGCGUUUUCUUUUUAUAUUGAUAAAGGGACUUUAUUUCCACCAUUCAGGCUUAGGAUAACUCUUCGACUUUAUAAAAAAUAAAAUGUCAUAAUUCCUCCAUCUUUUCUUUAUGUUUUAGGCUUGUAGCUAGGUGUAGGCUAAUCGUUGUAAAGUAGCUACUUUGUUUCACUGUCAGUUGUAAAUAUGUUGGCUCUUGUUACUUGUCUAGGUCACAUGAUGUUUUCAUUCAUAAAUAGUUUUCAUUCAUAAAUGUGUAGUGAUUUAGAAUGUAAUAAGGCGCAUAUUGUGUCAUGAUUGCAAGGUGUCCGAUAUCUUUUCCAACUGUCCCGUUAUCUGGUUUUAAUGGCCAUUCUAGAAUGCCCUUCUAGCCAAUCAUAUCUGAGUAUUCAACAAUGCUGUGGUAUAGAUAUAGUGUGGAGGACAAUACCUGAACUGUGUACAUAUUUGAACAUAGCUUCCAAAAAAUACCAAACCUAUAUUACCCUCAAGCCAGAGGUCUGCUGCGUUUUACCUCUUCCAAAGCUUUCCUGCUGAAGUUGGCCAAUACAAAUAACGCGGUAGCUUUAUCCACAGCUAGAACAAACUAAUGUAUGUUACGGUUCAGUGUAUGUCUGUGCAACAACACAAAUGAGGAUGGAAAGACAAGAGCAUCAAGCAGGUCUUCACUCCAGUUCCCAACUCUGUGUCCAUCUAUAAGACACACUAGCACAGAGCAAACGCUGCAUUUAAAUUUUUUCUAUCAUUAUUUGCUUUCAGCUGUAGGUUCUCUACCAGAGAGGAAAGGGACUGUAAAUGCCUGUUUUGGACCUUUCGGUUGAACGGUUAUAUCUUUUAAAAACUGCUACCAUGUCGAAGGUCAAAUCCACGUUAUUGUUGUGUUAUGUUUGAAUAUAUGAGUGAGGUCAGUUCCGAUUUAUUUUUUAAAUUAUUUUUUUAAAUGGCAGAGGAUGAGAACUAAAAACUUGCCAGAGAGAGCGAGAAAAUCAUGCUGCAUCCUUACUUGAGGCUGAGGAGAUUGGAUGAGAUUGGUUAGCUCUCUCCCUGCACUCAGAAGUGACUGAAACCUGUGCAUACUGUAAAGUGAGUUUAUACUGUAUGUUACUAUUGACCAAAUGCUGCAUGAUGCCAGUACUAAUUGCAUGUGUUGCUAUAACAGCUAAACAACACGCACACACAAUUAAAAUAGUAUUGUCAAACUUGUAGUAUCUACACAUUUGUAAUGGUUGUUCCAGGAGGAGAGUGGCUGUGGAAUGGAAUUUGACAAUAAAACAUUCUUACCACAA